CUUUAUCUCAAUUUUCAACAUUUUCAAUCGAUAAACUCUUGAUUUUGGAAGCUCCUUUAUCCCAGGUUUGAUUAAUUUUGGGGAUUGAGAGAUAUGGGAAAGCCCACCACCGCUAGGAGGAGAUACCAAAUAGGGUCUAAAUCCGACGCAAAGGCCGGCAAACGCGAUGAAGACACCGCCAUUUUCAUCUACAUGUCUAAGGAAUUGAAGCAAGAAGGGAAGAGGUUGUACCAGAAACAUGACCACGAGGGCGCCAUGUCCAAGUAUGAGAAGGCUCUCAAAUUGCUGCCGCCCAAUCAUAUCGAUGUUGCAUCGCUCAGGACUAACAUGGCAGCUUGUUACAUGCAAAUGGGGAUCGGUGAGCUCCCGAGAGCUGUGAACGAAUGCAAUUUGGCGCUUCAAGUAGCUCCCAAGUAUAGCAAGGCUCUGCUUAAGCGGGCGAGGUGCUAUGAGGCUUUGAAUAGGCUUGACUUGGCUCUAACAGAUGUGAGUAUUGUGUUGAGCAUGGAGCCUAAUAACGCCACUGCUUUGGAGAUCGCGGAGAAUGUGAGAAAGGGGAUUGAGAAAGGCGGCCUUCAGACUGGAGAUAAGGAGGUGGUUUUGCCCCAUGAGACUGUUCAUCCGCCUGUUCCCCCGCCCCCGCCUGUGCCUGGGAAGAUUGGCAAAGAGAAAGGGAAAAGGAAGAAAAAUACCAAGUUGAAGACUGUGAAUGAAGUUGUGGAAAAGAAGACAGAGCAUAAGGUGGUUGUAGAGGAGAAAGUGCUUAUGAAGUCGGUGAAAUUGGUUCAUGGUGAGGAUAUACGAGGAGCGCAGUUGCCUGUGAAUUGCGCGGCUCGUCUGUUGAGGGAUAUAGUUGUUGACAGGUUCCCAAGUUUGAUGGGUGUACUGAUCAAGUAUAAGGAUCAAGAAGGGGACUUGGUUACCAUCACUACCACGGAUGAGCUGAGGGUAGCUGAAGGACUGGUUCAUCGUCAUGGAUUUUUGAGGCUGUACAUUGCUGAAGUUAGUCCUGACAAAGAACCUAUUUAUGAAGGAACGGGCAUUGAAGAAGCGUUAAGCAAAGGCCCUCAGAAACCAUUGGUGGUGACAAAGAACAUUCAUGCAGAUGACAAAGGGUCAACUUGUAUUGAGGAUUGGAUCGUCCAGUUUGCAAGUCUGUUCAAGAGUCACGUCGGGUUUGACUGUGAUUCAUACAUGGAUAUUCAUCAAAUGGGAAUGAAAUUAUAUUCAGAAGCACUGGAAGAUACUGUUACAAGUAAAGAAGCUCAAGAGUUAUUUGACAUAGCUGCAGCCAAGUUCCGGGAGUUAACUGCUUUAGCCUUGUUUAACUGGGGAAACGUUCACUUGUCUAAGGCAAGGAAAAGGAUGGCUUCUGAUGCAGGUAGUUUAUCUGAAGCCACUGGAUCAUCGGUGGUGCAGGUUAAAGAUGCUUAUGAUUGGGCACAAAAACAAUACACAAAGGCGGGCAUGAAGUACGAGGAAGCUCUUAAAGUCAAGCCAGACUUUUAUGAAGGGUAUCUUGCUCUUGGCUUGCAGCAAUUUGAACAAGUGAAGCUUUCCUGGUAUUAUGUACUUGGGAGCAAGUCUGACUUGGACAUAGGCUCAUGUUCAGAGAUAUUGGAACUAUAUAACAAGGCUGAAGAUAGCAUGGAGAAAGGGAUGCAAAUCUGGGAAGAGAUUGAAGAACAACGCCUUAAUGGAAUCUCCAAAUAUGAAACAGAUAAAGCUUUGUUUCAAAAAUUUGGUUUGGGUGGUUUAUUUAAAGAUAUCUCAGCUGAUGAAGCUUCUGAGCAAGCUAAAAAUAUGAGGUCCCAGAUCAAUCUCUUAUGGGGUACAAUGUUGUAUGAGCGUUCCGUUGUGGAAUAUAAGUUGAGUCUCCAAACUUGGGAAGAAUGCCUUGAGGUUGCAGUCGAAAAGUUCGAACUUGCUGGAGCAUCAGAAACAGAUAUUACUGUACUAAUAAAAAAUCAUUGCUCGAAUGACACUGCUUUAGAAGGAUUCAAGGUCGAUGAGCUAGUACAGGCAUGGAAUGAGAUUAAUGAUUCUGAUAGGUGGCGAUCUAAUGUGACAUCUUCCCACAUGGAACCACUUUUCAGAAGACGCUCUUCCGACCUUCAUUCAGCUAUGGAGAAUUUUGAGUGACUUUUGUUGAUGAUUCAAUAGAAGGCCAUAACAUUAAAGUUAUUUCUAAGUGCUUGUUUACCCCUGGAUUCUUUAGGUCAAAUAUAGUUGUUGUGGAUCUUUUUCUGUUUGGUUGAAGUGAAGAAAAAUGCACUUCAAACUUCAAAGUCUCAAUUACCUGUUGAUUCGUUGGUGUCACAUUUCUCUUUUUUUGUUGGUUUAGUUGCAAAGUUGUUUGAUUUGUUAUUGGGCUCUUUGGAUGAUUAGGGUUGGAUUGGUCUGUCUAAAGGGUCUGGCCCAGUCUCAGUGUUUUUUAUUGGGAGAGAGAUAGAGAGGGCAUACAUACAGAGUUAGUAUUGAAUCGUAUAGUAUUUUUGUUGAUGGGUGUGGGUAAAUAUAUGAUUCAAUAUUAACGAGGGCAAUGAUUUUUUGACAUUAUGGCACUGUCAUAAUAGGAUUUAAGUAGUAAUUGUGUAUUAUAUUUUAUUUUUAGUUAUAUUUAUAUUUUA